AUGAUCACAGAAGUGGCAAACAAUGCCCCAAAUGUUACCUACUCCAAUCACCCAACUGGAACAAGAAUUGAGACCCAGCAUAAGGUGGUUUGUCAGUAUUGUCUCUUUUUAGACCUCCCCAAAGUUCCCAGGGGUUUCACUAUCUCCUGGCUAUACUGGGAAUCCUGUCCCAUCAUAGAACUUUCUCUUUUGGAAGAGAGUACCCCCCCUCUCUCUCUCUCUCUCUUCAUUGACUUCUAUCUUUCCAUUCUCCUUUUUUCUCUCUCCAUCUCUCCCCUCUUUUUGUUCCUUCAUCGCUCUCUCUCCGCCUCUUUUUGUUACCCCAUCUCUCUCUCUCUCUCUCUCUCUCUCUCCCUGCGUCUUUUUGUUCCCCAUCUCUCUCUCUCUCCCUACGUCUUUUUGUUCCCCAUCUCUCUCUCUCUCUCUCUCUCCCUGCGUCUUUUUUGUUCCCCAUCUCUCUCUCUCCCUGCGUCUUUUUGUUCCCCCAUCUCUCUCUCUCUCUCCCUGCGUCUUUUUGCUCCCCCAUCUCUCUCUCUCUCUCCCCUCGUCUUUUUGCUCCCCAUCUCUCUCUCUCUCCCCUGCGUCUUUUGCUCCCCCAUCUCUCUCUCUCUCCCCUCGUCUUUUUUGUUCCCCAUCUCUCUCUCUCUCCCUCGUCUUUUUGUUCCCCAUCUCUCUCUCUCUCCCCUCGUCUUUUGCUCCCCAUCUCUCUCUCUCUCUCCCCUGUCUUUUUGUUCCCCAUCUCUCUCUCUCUCUCCCCUCGUCUUUUUUGUUCCCCCAUCUCUCUCUCUCUCUCCCCUGCGUCUUUUGUUCCCCCAUCUCUCUCUCCCCUCGUCUUUUGUUCCCCAUCUCUCUCUCCCCCUUCCGUCUUUUUUUUCCCCAUCUCUCUCUCUCUUUUGUUCCCCAUCUCUCUCUCUCUUUUGUUCCCCAUCUCUCUCUCUCUUUUUGUUCCCCAUCUCUCUCUCUCUUUUUUUGUUCCCCCAUCUCUCUCUCUUUUUUGUUCCCCCAUCUCUCUCUCUUUUUGUUCCCCAUCUCUCUCUCUCUUUUUUUCCCCCAUCUCUCUCUCUUUUGUUUCUCUUCCCCAUCUCUCUCUCUCUUUUUUGUUCCCCCAUCUCUCUCUCUUUUUUCUCCCCCAUCUCUCUCUCUCUUUUUGUUCUCCCCCAUCUCUCUCUCUCUUUUUGUUCUCCCCCAUCUCUCUCUCUCUUUUUGUUCUCCCCCAUCUCUCUCUCUCUUUUUGUUCUCCCCAUCUCUCUCUCUCUUUUUGUUCUCCCCAUCUCUCUCUCUCUUUUGUUCUCCCCAUCUCUCUCUCUCUUUUUUCUCCCUCCCCCAUCUCUCUCUCUCUCUUUUCUCUCUUUUUCUCCCCAUCUCUCUCUCUCUUUUUGUUCUCCCCUCUCUCUUUUGUUCUCCCCAUCUCUCUCUCUUUUUGUUCUCCCCAUCUCUCUCUCUCUCUUUUUGUUCUCCCCAUCUCUCUCUCUCUUUUUGUUCUCCCCAUCUCUCUCUCUCUUUUUUCUCCCCCAUCUCUCUCUCUCUUUUGUUCUCCCCAUCUCUCUCUCUCUUUUUUUGUUCUCCCCAUCUCUCUCUUGUGCCACACUCUCUCUCCCUGCCUCUUUUUGUUCUCCCCCAUCUCUCUCUCUCUCCCUGCCUCUUUUUGUUCUCCCCCAUCUCUCUCUCUCUCUCUCUCUCUCCCUGCCUCUUUUUGUUCUCCCCAUCCCUAUCUCCCUCCCCCAAUUAUUCAUACACUAUCACAUGUGUGUACAUGAUCACAAAGGUUUCAGUAUCAUACAAGUGCAUUAA